AUGAGCAGUGCCCACAACCAUAACCUUCGUGAUAAUAGCUCGCAACUUGAAAACCCCCUUGUAAAUACUUGGGGCUUUCUCGCGCCACAAUCAUCUCAAAAUACGGGGUUAGACUCUCCGAUUAACAGCAUGGAAGAAACCGCGCUUGGCAGUCCAAAAUUGGGCAAAGAGAAGUGUGGUAAGGGCAAAGUCGACCCAAGAGCUAAGAUCUCUGAUCUACUCAAGGAUAGAGAAAUUGAGUGGACUGCCAUCGUUGCGAAAAAAGGGCCGUUGCAAAUUUUGGAUUUGCCUAUUGAUAUAUUAAAGUUGAUAGUCAAGGAAAUUACCCACACAAAUGAUUUAACAGCAUUGGCCUUAACACACUCUGCUCUUCAUGGACUCGCUAUCCCUCCCUUAUAUUCUCGAUUUGAUAUAGUGUGGCCGGACGCCCACGCAACAACGAACCCCCGAACCGGUGUCGAUGCAUUAACCUACGGCCUUGCAACCUUGUGUAUGGGAGAUGUUUACCACGGACAGAAUAGGGAGAAUCAAGUCACUUGCUCCAACUGUGGUGCAGAAAGUAAUAUAACUUGCUGGCAUAGCUUGAGGUUAAGGUCAAGAACCAGCAAGAGAGGUCUUGGUAACCAUUAUUCUCAAUACACACGAAAAUUUUCUCUUGGAAAUGGUCCAGCCGACUGGGUGCAAGAUUAUCUCAUCACCAAAGAAAGUGGGAAAAUGCUUGGAACUUUAGUCGCUAUCGCUGUAGCCAGGAUGACCAACCUCGAGACAUUUGUUUGGGAUAUGCCAACAGGAGUACUACGAGAUGUCUGGCUUGCACUCUCUUCUCUUCAAAAAAACAGCCCAAAUGGAGAAUGCAGGCUAGAACGAGUAUGGGUCCGCUGGCAUGAUAACUCAGAGUCAACAAUUCUAUCCGCAGCACAAAGAGCAGCUAUUGCACCGCGAACCACUCCUCAAAUGCUUUCUGAGCGUGCAACAAUGACUCCCAUAGGAUGGAAAAUUUCCUCAAACUAUCUGAAUUCCAUACAAUCUCAGGCACAGCCAAUCUCGUACGCAAAUAGCCGGGUGGAGUAUCCUAAUCUAAGUGUGCUUCCGUCCCUUAAAAGUCUUUCUGUACUCGAUAUUGACGAGAUAGAUUAUCUCGAGGAAAUGAGUGUACUUAUCGAAAAGUCCCAGGAUUGCCUCCGUGAGCUUCGUGUAGGUAUCUCUUCCAAAGCAGUUGACCGAGACUUUACCAUUCCGUGGGAUGGCCCUGGCUUUUAUCAAGUCGAUCACAAAGCUUGUUGGUCCGGCGCAAGUAGAAUUGGGGAAAAGAGGCUGGGUGGUGUACUUGGAAUUAUUACCGGAAGAAUAUUUGAUAUCCGCAGAAAGACCCUAAAAAACCAUUCUGCUCAACAAGUUUCUAAUUCUACUUCCCUCGGACGAUCAACACACCAGCUACAGGCACUGUCCUCAGAUCUAUUCCAAAAUUCACUUGAUCGAUCCAGCUCUGCUGUUUCAAAUCUUUCCCACAGUGCCAUCGACGAUGGCACAAAGGAAGAUACAGUACUAAGCGAAGGACUCCCAUUCUCGUCUCAUACCGCAAAUUCAAAUCAAAAUUUACGAGAUGGUGCUCAACAGGCUCAAAUAGGACUGGAGCCCAUUCAUACUGGCCUAGAAUUUCCAAUUAGAUCCAUGUCAAGUAACGAAGAUAGUUUAAGUUUCACGGUACAAAAUCUAGACACUUCUGUCGAAAGUAUUAAUAUGUCUCCCAAAAAGUCACGAAUGAAUCUUCAGGAUCAAUCCGAUGUCUGUGAUACUGACGCUAUCCAGAGGGAGAAGAGCAACGGAAAGUUAAAACUCCAGACUCUAGAGCUUGAAAUGGUCCCGUUAUCUAUAGCAGUGCUCCAAAGAGCAUUUGACUGGUCUAAUCUAACCAGCUUGACGAUUCUUGAUUGCCCUCAGCAUGAAAGAUUGUGGGAAAUGUUGCGAAAGAACUUCAAUCCUACACCUCUUUCUGAAAAGCCCAUGUGUAUCAGGAGUGGGGUUGACUCUUCGUUACAGUAUCAUCUUAAUCUCAAAAAGGUUCAUACUGAUGCAGCAUCUCCGGCCCUGAUUUCAUUUUUGAAAGAGACUCUUGCUCCAAAUAGCCUAGAAACUCUGUUUCUACAGGAUCGCAAACGAAAUAAUUAUAAUCGUUCACGAACACAAAUUGAUGCCAUAUACCGCGGUCCACUAAGGAGACAUCGUGCGAGUUUAAAAAGGUUGAUGCUUGAUAGCUCUGAUAAAAUCUCGCCUGUAACCCUGCCUGGCUCGGAUAGUUCUCAGUGGAUGCUGUGGAUGCCUAAUCGUAAAAUUCUCAAUUUUAUCACUAGCGGACGAAUGAGUAAUUUACGUGAACUUAGUAUGGCGAUAGAUUACAAAGAUUGGCAUCAUUUCUUACAAAGACUACCCCAAAUUCCUCAUCUUAGAUCGCUGAACAUCCCAUACAUUGCUGAGCACGCUACUACUGGUUUUGAUCCUCGUGAACUCGCGCUUCAAAUAAUCGAUGUGAUUGUUCUGAGGCCAGAGAUAGAACUUUGUUACAUGGGAAUCCUUCAUAAAUGUUUCGAAAUCCUCGAAACACAAUCCACUGACGAAUCUCACGGAAACUCCGAUCCUCAUUCUAGCACUCCGGCUUCAGGUUCCGGUGACGCCUUAACAGACGAGGAAGAUGAUGAAGAUGGUGAUGAUGACGAGGACGAUAAUUUUAACAACACAGUGGCCGAAUCAACUCCUGGUAUCCAUCUAGAUGAGACUGAUUCUGAAAUGUCAGAAUACGAUAGCUCAGAUACUGACUCGUUUGAAUGUUCGGAAGAGAAUGGAACCAAUUUACGAUUACGACUACGUGAAAUCCUCUUUUAUGAUGAUAAAGUGGCGAUCUUCAAGGCUCGUCACGGUAGGCUGUGA